AUGGUACCAAUGUUUCGUCGUUCUCCGGUUGUAAUAUCGGUGUGGAAGUCUGGACUGAAGUCUGGACUGAAGUCCGCAUUCCACACCUCUCUGGUCCAACCAAGGCUCUUGUCGAUGAGACAAUGCUUGGGAAAUGGUGCUAGGGUAGAAUUCAAGAGAUUUAACAGUUCUAUUAGCAAUAAUAAAGCCGCUGGUAGUGCUGCUACUGCUAUCCCGGUUAAAAAGAUCGUUCCUCCACAACCAGCUUCAAAGGAGAAGUCAAAGACUCCUACUAUAUCUGAAUUGCGGAUUAUGAAGGAUCUUUUCAAGUAUAUCUGGCCGCGUGGCGAUAAGAAAAUCCGGAUCAGGGUUUUGGUGGCAUUGGGUCUUUUGAUUGGUGCCAAAUUGUUGAAUGUUCAGGUUCCGUUCUUCUUUAAACAGACGAUCGACUCUAUGAACAUCGAGUGGGGGUCUGACGUCGGGACGGUUUUGCCAGUAGCGAUUACGAUGACGAUUCUUUCGUAUGGUGCAGCCAGGUUUGGAUCUGUGCUAUUUGGGGAGUUGAGGAACGCAGUGUUUUCUAGAGUUGCGCAAAACGCUAUUCGGAAAGUGUCGUUACAGACGUUCCAGCAUUUGAUGAAGUUGGAUCUAGGAUGGCAUUUGAGCAGACAGACUGGUGGGCUAACGCGGGCCAUGGAUAGGGGUACGAAGGGUAUCUCGUAUGUGCUUAGUGCGAUGGUUUUCCAUAUCAUUCCGAUCACUUUUGAAAUAUCCGUCGUUUGCGGUAUAUUAACGUACCAGUUUGGUACUUCGUUUGCAGCGGUCACGUUUGCUACUAUGCUUCUGUACUCGAUUUUCACCUUCAGGACCACUGCGUGGAGGACUGAAUUCAGAAGAAGCGCCAAUCGUGCUGAUAACAAGGCUGCGUCGGUGGCAUUGGACUCUUUGAUCAAUUUUGAAGCGGUCAAGUACUUCAACAACGAGCAGUAUUUGGCAAACAAGUACCACAAGUCCCUUUCCAACUACCGCGACUCCCAAAUCAAAGUCGCCCAGUCUUUGUCCUUCCUCAAUGCAGGCCAGAACUUCAUAUUUACGUCCGCAUUAACGGCAAUGAUGUACAUGGGUGCAACUGGUGUGAUGGGAGGCAGCUUGACGGUGGGUGACUUGGUCUUGAUCAACCAGCUAGUGUUCCAGUUAUCGGUGCCCCUAAACUUCUUGGGGUCUGUGUACAGAGAGUUGAAGCAGUCGUUGAUUGAUAUGGAAUCUCUUUUCAAGUUGCAAAAGAAUCCCGUCUUGAUCCAGAGCCCCGCCAAGCCAUUGAUGCUACCAGACCAUCUACCUUGCGAGAUCAAGUUCGAGAAUGUUACGUUCGGGUACCAACCAGACAGAAAUAUUCUACGAAAUGCUACGUUCACCAUCCCACCGGGCAAGAAGACCGCAAUUGUGGGGCCCAGUGGGUCUGGUAAGUCGACAAUAUUGAGACUCAUGUUCAGAUUUUACGACCCACAACAAGGCCGAAUUCUACUAGACGGUAAAGACAUCAAGGAACUAGACUUGGAGCAAUUGAGAAAGAUCAUCGGUGUGGUACCACAGGAUACUCCACUUUUCAACGACACCAUCUGGGAAAACGUCAAGUUUGGUAGAAUCGAUGCCACGGAUUCAGAGAUCGUCGCUGCAAUAGAGAAGGCCCAGCUAUCGGAGUUGAUCCACAAGCUACCGAAGGGUACCGAAACCAUUGUUGGGGAACGAGGCCUCAUGAUAAGUGGUGGUGAAAAACAGAGAUUGGCUAUCGCAAGAGUGCUAUUGAAGGACACCCCAAUCAUGUUCUUCGACGAGGCUACUAGUGCCCUAGACACCCACACAGAACAAUCACUACUAAAGACAAUAAAGGAAAACUUCAAUAACGUCUCUAAAACAAGCGUCUACAUCGCCCACAGGCUCAGAACAAUCGCUGAUGCCGACAAGAUCAUCGUCUUGGAAAACGGUGCAGUCAAAGAACACGGUACCCACAACGAAUUGCUAGCCGACCCCAACUCCCUGUACAGCGAGCUCUGGAACAUACAAGAGAACCUUGAUAUGCUGCAAGAAGAACUCGAGGAAGAGCGCAAUCUCGAACAACAUCCUUCUCUAGUAAAAGAAAAGAAGUAG